AUGUUAGAAAGCACUUCUUCAAACUGGAAUGUCAUUGACUUGGAAUGUCGAUUAGAAAUUCUCAGCUCGUAUAUUAAACACUUAAUAGCCUACCAAACAGAAAUUGAAAAAGAAGAUCCAGGUGAUGAUAAAAGAGGGGAGACAGAAGAAUUGUGUAUCAACGCAAAAACCAAAUUAAUCACUUGUGAUGUAGUUAUUUUGGCAACUGCAUUGGUAAAGAUUAAUGAUCGCUUCGGAAAUAGUCAUCAUGUAAGAGCUCUAUUAGAUUCGGGAUCUCAAGUGAAUUUUAUAAGCGACGAAUGCGCAAAUAAAUUAAAACUCAACCGACGGUCCAAAGAUUUAAGUGUGCUCGGCAUUGGUGAGGUGAAUUCGAGCGUUAGACAUGUGGUAAACGCCACAGUUCAAUCACGACUUAACGAUUAUUCGUUCCAAGCCGACUUUUGGGUUCUAAAGUCAAUUUCAAGCUCUCAACCUGAGAUAAAUUUACCAGUUGAGUCAUGGCAAGUUCCGGAUAAUAUUGAUUUGGCAGAUCCACAUUUUAAUAAAAGCCAAAAGAUUGAUUUAUUGAUAGGCGCUGACAUAUUUUUCGAAUGGCUAUCGGUUGGUCAAAUUAAACUGGAUAGUACUUUGCCAACACUACAAAAAACGUUGUUUGGAUGGAUAGUUUCUGGGAGAUAUAAAAAUGUCGAAAACGGUCAAUCAGCUGUGUGCAAUUUAAUAAAUCGAAGCAAUAUGGAAAUGACAGGCAUUGAAUCAUUUUUGCGCAAGUUCUGGGAAAUAGAGGAAAUCCCAAGCCAAAGCCGUAAUUUUGCGCAAGAGCAGAAUGAUUGUGAAAAACAUUUUGUCGCCAAUACUAAGCUAUUGGAAAUUGGUCGGUUUGAAGUUCGUUUGUCAUUCAAAGUUCCCGCGUCUUCACUUGGUUCGUCACACGAAAUAGCGAAAAGACGAUUUUUGGCGCUUGAGCGGCGGUUAGUGCGAACUCCUAAUAUACAAGAAAUGUAUAUGGAAUUUAUGAGGGAAUAUUUGUCGCUUGGCCAUAUGUCGCCCACAAAAUAUGUAAUUCCUACCGGCCCUCAUUAUUUCAUACCCCACCAGGUCAUAGUAAGACCAGACAGCCUAACAACUAAACUUAGAGUGGUAUUUGACGCUUCCAGUAAAACUUCCUCCCAACCUUCAUUAAAUGACAUAUUAAUGGUCGGUCCUGCCAUUCAACCAGAUUUGUUUAUGACUUUGCUUCGGGUCCGUUGUCGUAAAAACGCUAUAACGGCUGAUAUUACGAAAAUGUACAGACAGGUACAA